CACAGUACAAGCCCCACCCCCAACAUGUUUAAAUCAUGUAUGGCCAUGAACACACAUGCAGAGAAGAGAGAGGGGGGAAACGCAAUGUUCUGUGUGGAUGUUAAAUCAGACGGGAUGAGAACUUCGGCCAUUGUCUAAUUCUACCCCAGCUCCUCAAGCCUUUUGAUUACACCCUUAUCUGCCCCCUGCCUUUUAAAAAAAAUAAUAUUCCUGGUUUCUAUUCCUCAUUUAACUGCUGGAGAAAAGCUGCCUCUGCCUUUGCUCCUUCCAAGAGCUCCGUGGAGGCCUUGACGGUCCCUGAGGGGAAGACGGACGCAGAGUCCGGCCUUCGUGCCGCAUUCACUCCUGGGGGGCUCAUUGCAAGAGCCAGUUGCCUUCUUGCAAGGCCUAUCUAGAAGGGUGGUUUUUUAAAUAUAUAAAAUAAAUAAAUCAUCCGUAGGCCGCUCUGUUUUCUUGGGAGAGAAAAUGAACUGGGUUGGUGGCUCUCGUAAAAGAAUCAUGCUCACCAAAGAGAAAAGAAAGCAGAAGGACUUUUUCGAAAAAGAAAAGCUUAAAUCAAAGAUGAAGCUGUUGGGAAUUUCUCCCCUUAAAAGCUCAGCUGUCAGCUUAGAUCUCCUCAAUCUGUGUGUUGUUAAUCAGAUAUCUACCAAGAAAGAUUGUUCUGAAAAUGUUCGAAAAGCAGUUCAUGUGGAUAUUAACAGAGGAGUAAAAUUUCCGCUGAGAAGGCACAAUGUAGAACUUCCUGAGUCACCACAAUGUAGACAGUCCAAACCAUACCAAGAUGACACUGAGCACAGGAUACAACAGGAGGUAUUAGAAAACAGAAGAAAAUAUCUAUCAGAAAAGCAGAACAUUCAGUCCCAGUGCCUACACUCUUCUCAGCCAGCAAAUACUAUGUGUGAAGAACCUUGGUUUUCAAAGGCUGCCUGCAGGCAAAGGAAUUUCAGUAACCCAGAUGUAGACACAGCUUCUGGUCUAUAUUUCCAGCAGUUGAAUAGUCCAGACUAUAGUAACCCACUUGGCAAGUCUCCCAAGGUCAGUGAUGACACAAAUUUCAGAAGCCAUCGCAAUGAAGAGCCAUUGUUUGGGUUUGUGAAUAACAUAUUAGAGGCUACUGCUGGUGAAAGCUCUCGACCCAUUGCAGCUUUCUUUGAAGAGGAGAAACAGCAGUUUCCAACUGCUCCUUCUUCCGAUUCCAGCCAUUCUUUCGGUAACAAAAGCAUCAUCGACCAGCUGUUUACCGAUUCAGCUAAUGCAAAUGAAAUAUCCAGAAUGCCUAGUCCUUAUGAUAUGGAAGAAAUGCACCAGAUGUCAAGUUGUGCUCACAGGUGCCCUGCUGAAAGAGACCUCAGAGGCAUUUUCACAGCUCCAGAGCAGAUUCUCUUCCCAAACAGCCAGAGCUUAAAUGCAUGCACCCAGGAGUCCAUUAAUCAGCCAAGAGAUUACUGUAUUCAAGAACAAAAGCCUGUAAUGUUUUCUGAACAGCAAGAGAAUGCUAAAAACUUUGGAAAUACAGUGGGAUUUGAAAGCCAAAAGAGAAAUAUCAAGGUAGCAGACAGCAUGCAAAAUCGCUUAGAGAAAAGCAGGAAGGCUGGAUGGGCAGAACAUAAUCUGAGUAACUUGCAGAUAUUUGGACUUGAACAGGAAGCCUGCAGUUACUAUGAUCAGCAUUCAAAGCAUGGAAAACAAAAAGAUGAAGAAUCUCAGCUAAGCAACCAGUCACCUAGUUAUUCUCCAAACCGAACAGAGAGCUAUGCCACUACUACAUCUGCUGAGUCUGAAGAGGAAGAGCAGGAUGGAAGAGCAUUGUCUUACUUUGAGAACUCUUUUGCAAGAAAUGAUGGCAAUCCACUUCCAGUUUCAGGAAAUCAAAAGCUGCAGUGCAGUUGCCAGUCAAUGGCCAUGUAUUCCAUUUUCCUCGACAAGAAAACAACUGACAUUCACCCCCAGGCAAAACCAGCCAGGCCUCUGAAGAAAGAUAUGUUGCGCAGAGCUCAAACGCACAGAUCAUGUGAAAAGAAGCAUGCUAAUUUCAAGGGGCAGCUCAACGCUUGGUCGCAAACAGAGACACGUGCUGAAGAAAUAGAAAAAUCUGACGCAGCCGUGCAAUGCAAUAUAAUGCAGGCUUGCAGCUGUAAUAACGUGCCAUCCUCUGUCCAUAGUGCUGAAAUCACCACUUCCGCCAGUAAGGUAGAGACCACUGGAGGGCAGAACAUUCCUGCAGAUGAAUGCUGA